AACCGAGCCAUGGAACAGACGUCGGGGACUCGCGAGUCCCGGGCCCGGCCGAGAGAACGGGACCCAGACCGGCAUCCCCGCCCGGAACGAGACCGCCACCCCGAGAGACAGCGGGACAGAGCCGGGGACCGGCAUAGGGAGAGAAACGGGGGCGGGCGGAGGGACGGGGACCGGGACAGGGAGAGGAACCGGGAACCUCGCCAGGACAGGCCCAGGGCCGGGGACCAUCGCGGUGGCGAACAAAAAGUUUGGGAAAACUCCCGUCAGAGUCGGACGCGGGACGGACCCCGGCGACCGACCUGGGACGCGGACCCUCCCCCCUGGCCCGCGACGAGGGAAACCCCGGAGCCGCCGCCCCUGUGGAAGGAGGGCCUCGGACGCAGAGGACCAGAAAGUGAACCCACUUCAGGGAGAUACCCACUCUCGAACCCCCGGCCUGGACUACAGGAAGCGGUAUAUUACCAGUCAGAGGCUGAAGGGCUCCUGGAAUGCCACAAGUGCAGAUACCUGUGCACUGGGAGAGGUGUGAUACAGAUAGUGGAGGUGAUACUGAAUGGGAUGGUUCUCAUGUGUAUCGUGGCCUCCUACUUUGUCCUGGCCGGAUUCAGCGCCAGCUUUGCCAGCGGCGGCGGCUUUGGGAACAACUAUUACUCACCAUUUGAGGGCACCGAGCUGGAGCAGGUUCGGCAGCUGGACCAGCAGUACACAAUCCUCCGGGCACCCCUGAUAUACGGUGGCGUGGCUGUUUCUCUGGGGCUCGGUGUCCUCACCUUGGGCGUUUUACUCCAAGGAGCCAAAAGUCUAUACAAACUGCCGGGGAAGUGGCUCCUCCUGGAGGCUGCCUUCAGCCUCCUGGCGGCAGUGGGCUACUGCGUGGGCAUCGGCAUUUACCUCCACGCAGCCUUGCAGAUCAAUACCACAGACACUUGCAGGACAAGAGAGAGGGUCUAUGCCCGCAAGGGUCUCACCUGGAUGAACUGCCAGCUGGCAGGCACUGAUGGAGCGGCUGCCACCUUUGCUUGUCUGCUGGUGGUGAUGUAUGGCGCCAGCGUGGUGCUGGCCCUGCGGAGCUACCGAGAACAGAAGCAGUACAAGGACAGCCAGGAACAGCAGAGAAAUUACAAUGAUGCACCAGAAUACGUGUGGUCUGGAGUACUCUGAGAUCCACUGGAACCUAAAGUUUCAACCCACCUUGUUUCUCUCAAAAAGAUGGGUCCAUUAAAAUCGCACUUUACACAUAUGUGGUUUUCACAUACUUGAUUUUAUAAAUGCUCCCUCUGGAACCAAUACAAAGCUAGAUGAUCAUCUCAUUUUUCUAUCCGUGUCUGUUGGCUGAGAGUGUGCAAAAAAUACUCCACCUUUGCUACUAAGAGCAACAUUGGGAAGUCUGCAUAUAUGCUUAUGGUUUGGCUCUCUUGCCAAAUGGUAAGGUAAUAAUAAUAGCUUAAAUAAUAGCCAGAGGAAUUCUGAAAGAUGAAAAUAACACAUCAGGCAGUAGCAGGCAGUAGAAAUAUCUUGCCUGUCUGAGCUAAAGUCAUUAAGAAAAACAUGCCAUUUCCCCCUGUAUAUGAUCCCAGGGGAGUGAUUUUAAAGCCUUUGUGUGGUUAGAUUUCAAAGGAGUAAUUCCAUUCUGACUCUCUCCUAGAAGAAAACUCUCCUGCCCACUAAAUAAGAUAGUGUGCCAUGACCCCAAGAAGCCUUCCUCCAUUAGAGAUGGGGGGCUGGAUCCCUGAUACCUGAAGGCAGGUGCUUUUAGCAUGCAUGGUCCUCCUCAGGAUUCCUGCAUUAGGGCUCAGAGAAGAUGGUUUUUGCCAGCUUUCCAGGUUAGUUUCUUUGAUUGGAAUUCACUUUCCUGGAAGAUUUUAUCAUUUCCUAAAAUACGAGGCCUCCGAACAGUGAGAAAUAAUUCAUAAACCUCUUAAAACAUGUUAUUCAGCUGAAUGCAAAGAUAAAGCAGAUGAUUUUCUAGGAAUAUUCAGGUAUAUUGGAGGCGUCUUUAUUUCUGCAUCCCUUCCAGGGCCCUACAGAUUAGGCCUUCAAAGGUUAAUUAUAAAUUCUUCAUGAUCCUGAAUUGUUUCCAUAAUAUAACAGUUCAUUAACACAGAAUCUCAAAAAUAAAGUUCUUUUGAUAAUUUUAA